AUACGUCACUAACCUGUGACCGUACCGGCUGCGACGGAAACCAUGCUUCUGCCUUCUGAGAAAUGCUGUUCCCUGGUGUUCCAGUGGCUCCGGGGAAGGGGCCUCGGACUUGCGCACUUUCAGCCCAGAAGGUUUCCGGGUUGCCUGUUGGUUCGACUAAGGCGAAGCCCUAGCUGUCUUUUAGGAGGGACUGGGUCGCGGUCCUGUGCCUCCUUUCCCAGAGCUCCUGGGGAUUUGGGUGAAUGGAGCGGGACUUCGGGGAAAGAUGGGAAACUUACGGAGGAGCCCACUGAUAUUUCUGUUCCGCAGCCUGGGGAUGUUUUCUGGUCUCAGCCUUCCGGAGUCCAGGCGGCCCAAUCUUUUUGUUCGGAGAAGCUUACGAGAUUAUUACCAGAGGAGAGGCUGUCUCCAGAAGUCAAGUAUGUGACCACUGGCCAAGAGGAGUACAGCGACGAAAGAGAGGCGACCUUCCCGCCUCCACUACGGACUCCAGGAGAUAGCUGUAAAGCUCAGCAAUCGCAAUCUGAAGAGUUGCCUGCACGCUCUGUCAAGUCAAGUCCCAAGGAAUUCCCCUUUCAACUUGGGGACCUUCUUUACGCAGAAUUCCGAAAAGGCGAAAAUACAUUUAAAAGAUUGUUUAAAUUGGAGGCUACAGGACAACUAAGCAGCAACUGGGGAGUAAUUCCAUACAAAGAAAUGAUUGGCAAGUUGCCUGGCCAAUUAUUUAGAAGUUCCACUGGUCACCACUUUAUGCUGAGAAGACCAGCAUUGGAGGAGUUUGUUUUAUUGAUGAAAAGAGGACCUACUAUAUCAUAUCCAAAGGAUAUGAAUAUGAUGUUGAUGAUGAUGAAUAUCAAACAAGGUGAUGUCAUUUUGGACGUUGGCUCCGGUUCUGGUGGAAUGAGUUUGUUUUUAUCACAAGCAGUUGGAGUACGGGGACAAGUUAAAAGUUUUGAAAUUAGAAAAGACCACCACAACCAGGCUAAGAAGAACUACAAGUGCUGGCGUGAUGCAUGGAAGAUUAGUCAUGUAGAAGAAUGGCCAAAUAAUGUGGAUUUCAUUCAUAAGGAUAUUUUGGAAGCUGCUGAAGACAUAGAAUCCAUAAUAUUUGAUGGGGUGGCUUUGGACAUGCUAAAUCCUCAAAUUGCCUUGCCAAUUGUAUAUCCAAAUCUUAAGCAAGGUGGCGUAUGUGCAGUAUAUCUAGCAAAUAUUACACAGGUAAUUGAACUUUUAGAAGGAAUUCGUAUCUGCGAACUUUCUCUCUCAUGUGAACAGAUAAUAGAAGUUCUUCUUAGAGACUGGUUAGUAUGCCCAGCAAAAAGGAAAGAUGGUACUUUAGCCCAAAGAGUACAGCCUAAAGUCAGUGUGGAUUUAAAGUUACAUUCCCAAAGGGAAAUUGAAACUGAAGAAAGUGAGAAUAUACAAGAGAAUGAUUAUGGUGAAUCACUUCCUGGUUUUCCAUAUAGCUCAAUUCCCUACAUUGCUAGACCCUUUCAUUAUCAAGCUAAUUAUAAUCACACAGCUUUUCUUGUCAAAUUGAGGAAGUUCAACCCAGAACAUUAACCAAGUACUCCAGAUGGCUGACUACAACUAAUUUCAAGAUUGCAAAGUACCAAGAUAAACUUAAUAUUGUAAAUGAUUAUUUUAACAGAUUUGUUGUUUUGUGUUUGUUAUUACUUUGAUUUACAAAUCUUUAUUUACAUACAAUUUUAAAAAUAUGAAAGCUAAAUGAACAGGCAACUGUGCAACUGUUAAAAACAAACAAACCAUAUAUUACCUCAUUUUGACACAUCUUGAAAUUACAUUCAGACAUUUUAUAUUUAAUGAUCCAAGUUGGUUUCGUUGAGCCAUUUCAUUCUUCAUUGCCUGUAAACCACUCCAUAGAUUUAUCCUGCUUCAUGCAAGUAGUUUUCCUUCCCUUUUUUGAUAGGUUAUCAGUGGCUAUUAAAAAGUUGAAAAGGAUUAAGACAUGGAAAAAUAGGCUUUUUAAAAAGUAUGCAUUUAAAUGGCUCUAAGCAUUUUUUGGGGAAAAAAAGAAAGACCAAAAUCCUGGAGUUUCAGUGAAUGUAAUUUACUCAGGGUAAUAAGAAAAAGUUCAUAUAAUCAUUUCUCCCCAAAAUAAAAAAUGUUUUGAAUAAA